CUCUCUCUCAUCACAUAUAUGGAAAUAUAUUUCUAAACAUAUCAAUCAAAUUCACUUUGUAGUACUAGCUACUACUACUUCACAUCACUCCCUCUUUUUCCCUUCUUCAUAUCCUUCUUAAAGAAAUCUACACUUUCUUGUGUAUGUUGUUGUUCAAUCUUCUGAUCAUUUCUUUCUUUUUAUGUGUUACUUCUCUGAUCAAGAAAAAAACCCUAAAAAGAGAAUCAUAUCUCAGAUCUUUAGUUAUAUAAUUAAGAACCAAAUCAGGAAAACCCUAGCUAGCUAGAUCAUCAUAUCUCUAAGUCAAGAAUUUAGUGGGGGAAAAAAUGGAUCUUUAUCCAGAAAUGGAAAGUUGUAACAACUCAGUCAACAGUUUGGUCAGCGGGUCAGCGAUCUCAUCCUCUACUUCACCAUCAAUCACUUCAACUCCAAGCCGCUACGAAAACCAAAAGCGUAGAGACUGGAACACUUUCAGUCAAUACCUAAAAAACCACCGUCCGCCGCUCUCACUCCAACGGUGUAGCGGCGCACAUGUCCUAGAAUUCCUACGCUACCUUGACCAAUUUGGAAAGACUAAAGUCCAUACCCCAAUAUGCCCAUUUUAUGGGCAUCCAAAUCCACCUGCUCCAUGUCCCUGUCCACUUAGACAGGCAUGGGGCAGUUUGGAUGCCCUGGUAGGCCGGCUCAGGGCGGCCUAUGAAGAAAAUGGUUGGCCAACUGAGACUAACCCUUUUGGGGCUCGAGCCGUUAGACUUUAUCUUCGAGAAGUUCGUGAUUUACAAUCAAAAGCAAGAGGAAUCAGCUAUGAGAAAAAGAAACGAAAGAGAGUUGUUGGUCCAACACAAGAACUUCAACAUUUUAACUCAAGCUUUUCGGCAUUUCAACCUCUCUCUUUUCCUACAAGUGAUCAUAUCUAAAAUCUUAAUCAACUUAAGGAAGUACUAGUAAUAUCUAUAUCUAUAUAAUUAUAAUUAUAAUUAUAAUUUUGGAUCUUGGUAUUCUCAUUAAUCUAGUUCUCUUUGAUUUUAUGUUCUCCUAUAUAUGUGGCGUUGUCAAGAUUAAUUACUUGCCUCUAGCUAGGGCUGCUUUUCUUUAGGUUAAUUUGUCUUUUGAAUGUAAUGAAACUACGGAUUAAUUAAGCUUAAUAUUAUCAUGAAUUUUUGUUUAUAUAAAUAAUAGUGGUUUUAUAUAUUGGUUCUUUUA